AUGUCCCUUCAUGUCCCUCCACCCCAAUUCCUCGAUGUCCCAUCGAUCUCCAGCAUCCUGAGCGCCCAGCGGGUUCCCAGCACCUUCCAUGCCCGAUUCUGUGCCGUGUCCAGGACCUACAUCUACCGGCUGCUGCUGGGCUGUGCCCACCCUUCCCAAAUCCCCGUCUUCGAGCGGGAUCUGUGCUGGGCUCCGCCCGGAGGCUCGCUGGACAUCGGAGCCAUGAGGGAAGCUGCACAAUUCCUGCUGGGCACCCACGACUUCAGCACCUUCUGCUCGCCGGCCUCGGAGCCCCGGGGCACCGUCAGGACCCUGCAGCAGCUGCAGCUGCAGCCGGCGCCGGCCCUGCUGGCACGGCACAACAGCUUCAGGGAACUGGAGUUCUGGGAGGUGAAGGUCAAGAGCAAAGCCUUCCUUUACAGACAGGUCAGGAGGAUGGUCGGGGCCCUGGUGGCCGUGGGUCAGGGCAGGUUGACCCCUGAGCACAUCCAGGAGCUGCUGGAGCUGAAGGAUUCCCGAGCUUUUCCCUCCUAUGCCAUGGCCCCAGCCUCGGGGCUCUUCCUGAAAUCCGUGGAGUACAACCAGGCAGAUCUGGCCGUGCCCGCAGCAGAGGAGCUCAGUGGGCUGAGCUGA